AUAGUUAUAAAGAGCAAUAUAUAUCUCCUUUUGAUAUCCUCUCCAAAUUCCAAGUCUGUAAUAAAGAGGUUCAAUAACUACAGCCAUUUGCGUUACAAAGGAGAGGAUGAUACUCUAGUCAUAUGCCAUUAAUCGAAUAUUGGCCUCAUCCUCACUCUCUCGCUAACUGAUUUGUGCUCCGCCGGCUGGCGGUGCAGGUGCUAACUAGUUGAAAUGGAAGGAUAUUUGAAGAAGGAUUUUGAUUUUCCGGCGAAGCAUCCGUCGGAAGCGGCUCUGAAGAAAUGGCGCAACGCCGUCUCACUCGUCAAAAACCACCGCCGACGCUUUCGUCAUGUUGCUGACCUCGAAAAGCGAUCUAUUCACCAGAACCGACUUAGCAAAAUCAAGGAAGACCUGCGUGUUACCUUCAUCGCCAUAAGGGCAGCAAUGCGCUUUAUGGAUGCUGCCGCUCACCCUCAAAACAUGACACGCGAACCCCAUCAACCAAGAGACAUAAAACACUCCGAAUACAGCAAAAACCCAGACAAACUCGCAUCCAUGGUACGUAAUUACGACAUGAAAGCCUUACGAUCCCUUAAUGGAGUCAACGGAAUCGCAGAAGCAGUCAACGUCUCAAUCGACGAAGGAGUCAAAUCAACCGAUAUACCUACCAGACAAGAAACAUACGGAAUCAACAAGUACACCGAAAAGCCUUCCAAGAGUUUCUUCAUGUUCAUAUGGGACGCCCUUCAUGAUUUAACUCUUAUCAUCCUUAUAGUAUGCGCCAUUGUCUCGAUAGGCGUAGGACUCGCAACCGAAGGCUUUCCAAACGGAAUAUACGAUGGACUCGGAAUCUUACUCAGUAUUUUACUUGUCGUCACUGUCACUGCUGUCAGCGACUACAAACAAUCGUUACAAUUUAAAGACCUCGACAAGGAGAAAAAAAAGAUUUCAUGUCAUGUCACUCGAGACACGUGUCGCCAAAAGGUCUCAAUUUACGACCUGGUGGUCGGCGACGUCGUCCAUUUAUCCAUCGGCGACCAAGUCCCCGCCGACGGAAUAUUCAUCUCCGGAUACAAUUUAUUAAUCGACGAAUCAAGUUUAACCGGCGAGAGCGAUCCUGUAAUCAUCAACGAGAAAAAACCGUUCCUACUCGCCGGAACGAAAGUACAAGACGGCUCAGCCAAAAUGCUCGUGACAGCAGUCGGCAUGAAAACCGAAUGGGGAAAAUUAAUGGAAACGUUAAGCGAAGAAGGAGAAGACGAGACUCCUUUACAAGUGAAACUAAACGGCGUCGCUACAAUCAUUGGAAAAAUCGGAUUGGUUUUCGCAAUUUUGACUUUUCUUGUGUUGACUGUGAGAUUUCUUAUAGAAAAAGCAAUGCGCAAUGAGUUUACAACUUGGUCGUCUGCUGAUGCUUUGAAUAUGUUGGAUUAUUUCGCAACCGCGGUUACUAUAAUUGUGGUUGCUGUACCUGAAGGGUUACCUUUAGCGGUUACUUUAAGUCUGGCGUUUGCUAUGAAGGAAUUAAUGAAAGACAAAGCACUUGUGAGACAUCUAUCUGCUUGUGAGACAAUGGGUUCUUCUACGGUUAUAUGCACGGAUAAAACCGGGACUUUAACAACAAAUCACAUGGUAGUUACUAAAAUAUUCGUAUCCGGUGAAAUUAAAGAAGUUAAAGAUAAUGCAAAAUUACCGGAAAGGGUAUCGGAGGUUCUCUUGCAAGGUAUAUUUGAAUGUACGGGGUCCGAGGUGGUGAAGGACAAAUCUGGAAAAACUUCAAUUUUAGGUACCCCAACAGAAUCCGCGAUUCUACAAUACGGGUUGGAUCUAGGUGGCGAUUUUGAAACCGUACGCCGUGAGAUUAAAAUGUUGAAAAUGGAACCUUUUAAUUCUGCUAAAAAGAAAAUGUCGGUGAUCGUGACUCUUCCGGAAGGUCAAACGCGUGCUUUUUGUAAAGGUGCAUCUGAAAUAGUGUUGGGAUUAUGUGACAAGAUGAUCGAUGGGAAUGGAGAGGUUGUUCCUCUGUCCGAAGAGAAAGUGAAAUUUGUUACAAAUGUUAUUGAAGAAUUUGCGGUUGAGGCUUUGAGAACUCUUUGUUUGGCUUAUUUGGAUGUUGAAGGUAGCUUUGAUUGUGAAAAAAAUCUACCCGAGAGUGGUUACACAUUGAUUGCGGUUGUUGGAAUUAAGGACCCACUUAGGCCAGGAGUAAAAGAAGCAGUUGAAACCUGUUUGGCUGCUGGUAUUACUGUUCGUAUGGUUACCGGUGAUAAUAUCAACACAGCUAAAGCCAUUGCAAAGGAAUGUGGUAUACUUACCGAAGGUGGCAUAGCAAUUGAAGGUCCAGAUUUUAGAACCAAAACCAUCCAAGAAUUGGACGCACUAGCUCCUAGAAUUCAGGUAAUGGCUAGAUCAUCACCAACAGACAAACAUGAACUUGUGAAGCAUUUGAAACGCAUGUCACAAGUUGUGGCAGUUACAGGUGAUGGCACAAAUGAUGCUCCCGCUCUACACGAGUCUGAUAUUGGAUUUGCCAUGGGCAUAGCAGGAACCGAGAUUUGA